GUUUUACCGCAAGGGCCCCUUCGAGAUCAAGGCGGAGUACGUGGACGAGUCGCUGCUCAUCCCGGGCACUAGCAAGUGCCUUGGGACCUACAAGAUCGAGAUUCCAGUGCAGCCCGAGCCGAAGAAGGUUAAGGUGAAGGCAAACCUGACCAUCCACGGCACCUUCACGAUCAGCAGUGCCCAGAUCGUGGAGACAGAGGAGUACGAGGGCAUGGACUCGCACGGGCAGGGCCGCAUGGUCCAGGGAG